AUGGCACCAGCUAAAGAAGACACAUGGGCAUUUCAACCAAUUGGAGCCCCAUUUCCUGAUCACCCGAUUCGUGUACCCGGACAACAAAACAUGUACGUGGCUCUUUGGUACAAGUACGGUAAACCGAUCCACGGUCGAGCGUGGAAUGAUAACGGAGGAGUGCAGUGUUCAUUCCCGUAUGAGUGGUUACCACUGAAAUCUCGGUUCGACGACAAUAAUGAUCGCGAACUUGUGAGAUGCGGGCAGUCGACGCCAAUUCUGAUAACAUGUACAGACAACGAGAAACGUCUUGGGUACCUUGACCUGAGCACAGAAAUUGCAAUGGUGGGAUACAACAAGAAGGUGGAGCAGAUAGCUGGAGGAGCCACGCAAACAUGCCUCGGAAUAUUUCGAAAUUACAAACCACCUCCAAACAAAAUUGUUGAAGACGAUCAGUGGGAAGACACGAAAUGGGGAAACGAUUUCCCGAAAAACGUUGAACCGGUGAGUGGAGAACAGUUGAUAGCGUUCAUCGAACCGACACCCCUCCACGUUCCUUCUCCGUUCACGUUAACCACAAGUAGCCUUCAAAGACAUGGAACUGUUGACGUUGAGUUUAAGGCGAUGAAGCGUAUGUUGAAGACACUACCCAAUGUGCCAAAAUAUCAGUACGUCGCAUUAUGGUAUAAGCAUGGUGAGCCUGUGUUCGGUCGUGCAUAUCCAGGAAAGGAUGGAAAACUCAUGGCCAGUUUCGGUGCGAAAAACCAAGAAAACUGUGGGCCAGAAAUAGGAUCACUGCAAAUUUUGACAUUACCUGAUCCAAGCUGUAUGGGCCUGGAGUACAAAUGGAUGACCCUGGCUGAUGGAAGAGCUGAUGAACAAAAAAAGUGGGAACCGGUACAUGUGGGCACCGCUGCACCGGCGAUGUUCACUGGUUCAGCGCCAUUGAAAUUCAACGUGCUUCACCACAGAAAGGUACGUUGA